AUCUCGGUUUCGUUACAAACCUAUCCCCACUUAAACCCAAACUCUUCCCCUCUUCGACAUCUCUCCCGCUACUCCCUCUAAAACCCUAAUAAACACUCCCAUCCGCCUUCUGCACCGCCACCGGCGACGAAUCUCCAGGAGAAACGAAGCCGAGAGAGGAGAGGAGCCGUAGAGACGAUGGGCCCGGAAACAGACUCCAUGGAUCUCAAGGUGAGUGAGCUCUUGAAGGAGGUCCGGCUCGACGCUUCCGCCAUCAAUUCCCUGGAUCGAGCUGUCUCUUCGGUCAUAGAUGCCAUCAGAGCGAUCCCAGAUCAGGAGGUAAGCUCUGAAUCGACUCCGGCCUUCAUCAGAGACCUUCGCGUGCCCUCCGACAAGGUCUCCUUCACGUUCCAGAGCCCGGAGCAUGUCCAAGUCGGUGGCAGCCACUCCAUCCGGUCUAUUGCAAAACCUGAUGUCAAUGUUGAUCUUCUAAUUCGGAUGCCCAAGGAGUGCUUUCACGAGAAGGAUUACUUGAACCAUCGGUACCAUGCAAAGAGAUCCCUUUACCUUCGUGUGGUUGAGAAGAGCUUAAAAUCAUGCCCUGUCGUGAGGAAGAUUGGAUGGUCUACCUUUCAGAAUGAGGCCCGAAAGCCUGUUCUGUUAGUUUUCCCAGUCAUGGAGAUUGCUGAGCAUUCUGAAUUUUUCAUUCGGAUAAUACCAACAGCUACAUCUGUGUUUAAUGUCUCGAGGUUGAAUUUAACAAGAAAUAAUGUUCGUUCAUUCAGCCAAGGUGGUGUUACUCAAGCUACUCCAAAGUACAAUAGCAGUAUAAUGGAAGACAUGUUUUUGGAGGAAAGUGCAGAAUUUGUCAGAAAAGUUUUUCUUGAAUGGAAGAGCUUGGAAGAGGCUUUAAUUUUACUUAAAGUUUGGGCUCGACAUAGAAGUUUCAUCUACAUGCAUGAUUGCUUAAAUGGUUACUUGAUAUCUAUCAUAAUGUCAUACCUGACAGUACGAUCUGGGGGAAAUCUUAUAAACAAGUCAAUGAACGCGAUGCAAAUUUUUCGGGUCACAUUGAAAUUUAUUGCAACUUCAAGUUUGUUUGAAAAGGGCCUGUCUCUUCAGCCUCUAGGCCACAGUAACCUGUCCAAGGAGGAUAUGGCUCAAUACUUGCAGCUGUUUAGUGUUGUUCUCUGUGAUACAUCUGGCCAUUUUAAUUUGACAUUCCGGAUGACAAGGACUGCCUUUUCUGCGCUUCAAGAUGAGGCUUCAUGGACACUCAAUUGCAUCGACAAAUGCAGAGGUGGUGGAUUUGAUGAGAUUUUCAUGACCAAGGUUGAUUUUGCUGCUAAGUUUGAUUACUGCAUGAGAAUAAACAUGAAAGGAAAUGCUAGAGUUUAUGCGUCAGACUUCUGCUUGGAUGAUGAAUGUUGGAGAAUAUGCGAGAAAGACAUGAACUCUCUAAUUCAACAAGGUCUAAGUGACAGAGCAAAGUUAAUCCGUGUGAACUGGAGAAACACACCAUCUGAAUGGAAUAUAGAUGACGGUUUCUCAAAGUUCAGUUAUGAGCCCAUGCUUGUUGGUAUAAUGACUAGCUCCCAAGAGAAGAGCUUUCGAGUGGUAGAUGUUGGUCCAAGCCCUGAGAAUAAAGAAGAGGUUGUAAAAUUCAGAAAAUUUUGGGAAGAAAAAGCAGAACUAAGGCGAUUUAAAGAUGGAACCAUUGCAGAGAGCACAGUGUGGGAGUGUGAGCCAUGGGAGAGACAUCUUGUUAUCAAAAUAAUCAUUGAGUAUAUUCUUACUAAGCAUUUUCUUCUACUGAAAGAAGACAUGGUUGUCAUAGUAGAUCAGCUUGAUUUUUGCCUACAUCUUGAUGGUAAAGAUCCUAUAUCAUUUUCUGGGGGUCUGAUUAGAGCUUUUGAGAUUUUGGCUAAGCGGUUACGGCUUCUAGAUGAUAUUCCUUUGAGAAUAUCUAGUGUACAGCCACUAGAUCCAGCUUUCAGGCACACAUCUGUCCUUCCUCCUGAACCUCAUCCACUGGCUUAUGAAAAUGGUUUUGAUAGAAAACCGCCAAAUUUCACUACAACUUGUAUCCGGCCGCUAGAAGUUAUGAUUCAGUUGGAGGGAUCAGGGAACUGGCCCUUGGACCAUGUAGCUAUUGAGAAGACUAAAUCUGCGUUUCUUCUAAAAAUUGGAGAAAGCCUUCAGGAUCGUUGGGGUGUAUUUUGUACUGCUAGUGAAGAUGAGGUAGAUGUGCUUAUGUCUGGAUAUGCAUUUUGUCUUAGAAUUCUGCAUGAGAGAGGCUUGAACCUGUCAAGAAUCCAAGCUGGAAAUGAUAAAGUAAAAAGUGCUUUAUCUAUAGACAAGGAGUUAUUCCUCCGAAGCCAGCAUUCUAGCAUGAUUAAUGGUUUGCAUGGCCGUUUCCCUACGUAUGGACCUGUUGUUAGGCUUGCAAAACGCUGGGUUUCUUCACAUCUAUUUUCAUCAUUCCUGGCCGAGGAGGCAAUUGAAUUGGUAGUUGCAUACCUCUUUUUGAAGCCAUUUCCAUUUCAUGCUCCUUGCUCACGGAUUACUGGAUUUUUAAGGUUCUUGCGGUUACUAUCAAAUUAUGAUUGGAUCUUCUCUCCCUUGAUUGUUGACAUAAACAAUGAUUUUACAUCGAAGGAUGAGAAGGAGAUAAAUGAAAACUUUAUGUUGAGCAGAAAAUCUUAUGAAGAAAAUGCCCAAGAUGUUGAGACGGCUAUGUUCUUGGCCACAUCAUAUGAUAAGGCAUCUGAAGCUUGGACCAAGUUCUCACCAAACAGAUUGGUGCUCAAGCGGAUUGUUUCUUAUGCCCGAAGCAGUGCAGAUCUUUUGACCAAUCUGAUCCUUCAGGGUCAUAAUGGCCCUUACACAUGGGAGUGUCUGUUCCGGACUCCUUUGAAUAACUAUGAUGCCGUGGUUCUUCUCCAUCGAGAUAAACUUUCUUAUCCUCGAAGCCUUCUUUUCCCAGCUGAAAUUAAUAAUGGAAAGCAUGUAAUUUGGGGAAGAGCAAGCAAGGGUUUCCAUCCCUACAUGUCACUUGGGGGUGCACUGAAAAGCUUGGAAGAUGCAAGGAAUAAGCUGAUGGUCAACUUUGAUCCAGUUAGAUAUCUUUUGGAGGACCUGAAGAGGGAGUUUCCGGACACCUUCAAUGUGUGGUGUGAUUCUCUUGGAGGUGAUGCAAUUGGUCUGACAUGGGAGAAGAGGGAUUCAAAGGUUCUUCCCAUCAUAGCCCAUACAUGCUUUUGUUAGUUUCUGGCAUCGAGAUAGCUAGACAUAUGCUUCAAAUCAUCAGUGAGAAUCAGUUUGGUAUCUCAGAGCUAGAAGAUGUCAAGGUUUAAUCAUGCAAUCGUUCCCAAUGAUGGGAUCGCAAUUUUGUUCAUCAGGUGGCAACGAUCAUUGUUGGGUGUGAUUAUAGCGAAGUUAAAAUUGCUGGUUCAUGCUUUGUUUGACAUCGGGGGAGAGCGAGGUUUUGGGUGAUCAGAGAGAUUGGUGCAAAGAAAGCACCAACAAAGCAGAAAUGUGUAUAUUUUAUAUAUUAAUUAAAUCGGGGGCUGUCAUUUAUAAUAUUUGUUCU